AUGACCCAUGUAGUUGACCGAGAAGCCUUUACCUAUAUGGGUGAUCAAAGACAAUUUAUGUAUCCCUAUCUGCUCGUUAAUAUCGGUUCUGGUGUUGGCAUGAUAAAGGUAGAAGGAGACGGAAAGUUUGAGCGAGUUAGUGGAACGAGUAUAGGCGGAGGCACUUUCUGGGGUUUAGGAAAGCUUUUAACUAAUUGCAAGAGUUUCGAUGAGUUACUGGAAUUAAGUUAUCAGGGCAACAACAGAGCAGUAGAUAUGCUCGUCGGAGAUAUUUAUGGUGGAAUGGACUAUUCAAAGAUUGGUCUUUCAUCAACAGCAAUAGCCUCUAGUUUUGGAAAGGCAAUGUCUGAUAAUAAGGACCGUGAAGAUUACAAACCCGAAGAUAUUGCUCGUUCUCUUCUAAGAAUGAUCUCAAAUAAUAUUGGACAUAUCUCUUACUUAAAUGCCCUUCGAUUCGGGCUCAAGAGGAUUUUCUUUGGCGGAUUUUUUAUUCUGAGGCAUCCUUUUACAAUGGAUACACUAUCUGUUGCUGUUAAUUUCUGGUCUAAAGGCGAAGCGAAAGCAAUGUUCUUACGGCAUGAAGGAUUUCUCGGAGCAGUAGGGGCGUUCAUGAGUUCUGAUAAACAUGGCCUCAAGGAGUUAUUGGUCAAACAAGAUACUCAACAAAGUCCCACCAAGUUAUCCUUUGCUGUUAAUAAAUUGCAAGGUCCACUCGAUGGAGAGUUAAAUGGAGAUGAAAGUAUAGAGUGUAGUGUCUAUGCGGCUUAGAUGAAGCAACCGGUUGCUUCUUCAUGAAGUAAUCAGUUGUUUCUUCAUGAUUUGUAGUUGUAACUGAAUUUGAUAUGCAAAAUAGUUAGUAUCGGUAGAGAAAAUCAGAAUGUACACUCAUGAGUACAUGUUAUUGCUUCUUACUUUCACUCAUUCAGCGGCGGAAAAAUUGACUAUAUGAUAUAUCAAUGGAAAUAACAGAAUGUUA